AUGAGCCCCAACUCAACCGCCCGCGCCCCCCCACAGGCGCUGGACAGCAUCACGCAGCAGAUUGGAAAUACACCGCUCGUUCGAUUGACCCGUCUCCCCCAGAGUCUCGGAAUCGAUGCUACCGUAUACGCCAAACUGGAAUACUUUAAUGCCGGCGGCAGUGUCAAGGACCGCAUUGCGCUCCGGAUGAUUGAGGAGGCCGAGAGGACAGGCAGAAUCAAGCCUGGUGACACAUUGAUUGAGCCCACUAGCGGCAAUACUGGCAUUGGAUUGGCGCUGGUCGCGGCUGUCAAAGGUUACAAGACAAUCAUCACUCUUCCGGAGAAGAUGUCCGCCGAAAAGGUGUCUGUACUCCGUGCUUUGAACGCCACUAUUAUCCGGACUCCCACGGAGGCUGCGUAUGACUCGCCUGAAUCGCAUAUCGGAGUCGCCAAACGCCUUGAGAAAGAACUUCCCAACGCACACAUCUUGGAUCAGUACAGCAAUGACAACAAUCCUCUCGCCCACGAAUUUGGAACUGCCGAGGAAAUCUGGGAACAAACCGGCGGCGCGGUGACAGCGGUCGUGGCCGGUGCUGGUACUGGUGGUACAAUCACCGGUAUUUCCAGGGGUCUGAAAAAGCACAAUGGGAACGUCAAGAUAAUUGGCGCUGAUCCACAGGGCUCCAUUCUGGCUCUUCCUUCAUCUUUGAAUACAGAGCAUGAAAACGAGCCAUACAAAGUCGAGGGCAUCGGAUAUGAUUUUAUCCCUCAAGUUCUCGACCAGCACUCGGUCGACAAGUGGUACAAGACGGAAGACAAGGAAUCAUUCCAAUAUUCUCGUCGGCUCAUUGCCGAUGAGGGUCUUCUAGUCGGAGGUAGCAGUGGAAGCGCAAUUGCUGGCCUGGUCAAGGCAUACAAGGACGAGACUUUGACUAAGGACGAUGUCGUGGUGGUUGUUCUCCCGGAUAGCAUCCGAAGCUAUCUCACCAAGUUUGCGGACGACGAUUGGCUUGCUGCGAACGACCUGCUUGCCUCCACGACGCCUGAGCUCAAAACUACACCAUCGGCACCUCCAGCUCCAGACUCCAGGAACCUCUUCUCGACUGGUAAAGUCGGAUCACUACGACUCAAACCCGUCACGACCGUGCGUGCGAACGAGUCCUGCCAAGCGGCAAUUGAACUCAUGCGCGAGAAAGGUUUUGACCAGCUUCCGGUUCUCAGCACUGAUGGCAAAAAGCUGGCCGGCCUGAUUACUCUCGGAAAUGUCCUCAGCUGGAUCUCGCGUGGCCGGGCCGCUGGGAAAAACCCUGUUUCGGACGUCAUGUUUGACUUUGCCAAACUCCCAGAAGUCGUCACGGACCCCAGAGACGUCGUGCCAGACUCCAAUGGCCAGUCCAACGUCAAGCGCCGCCGUUUCUUUGAAAUCACAUUGGAUACGCCUCUCAGCGUGCUGAAUCGGUUUUUUGAGUGGAACAGCGCUGCUAUUGUGACUGAUCGAGAUGACCAGGGCACCAUCAAACCUGUGGCUGUGGCCACCAAGGUUGAUCUUCUUACCUGGCUUUUGCACCAGAGCAAACAAUAG